ACGAUCGAUUUUAUUUUAGUACCACAAAAGAUGGCGGACCGAGCGCCUGGUGGCUCUCAAAAAGCUAGCGCUAAGGCGCUGCUUGAGAGCAAACUAAAGUCUUUCAGUAUCGGCAAAAUGGCAGUGGCAAAGAGGACCCUAAGCAAGAAGGAACAAGAUGAAAUAAAGAAAAAAGAAGAUGAGCGGGCAGCAGCAGAGAUUUAUGAGGAAUUUCUUGCUGCUUUUGAAGGAGGAGGGGAGGGAAAAGUCAAGGCCUUUGUCCGCGGAGGUAUUGCAAACGCAACAAAAGAGGAAGCAGCUGCUGAUGAGAAGAGAGGGAAACUGUACAAGCCUAAAUCACGUUUUGACACCCAAACAAAAAGUAUAUUGCCUUUGGAAACCCCACCUCAGUUUUUAGCAUUAGACAAACGACAUACUUUGAAGAAAAAUACUGAAAAGGAGAAGAAGAAGAGUAACUUGGAGCUCUUCAAAGAAGAACUUAAGCAAAUACAGGAAGAAAGGGAUGAAAGACACAAGAUGAAAGGACGUGUUAGUCGUUUUGAACCUCUCUCCGGCAUGGACGGAAGACGCUCAUCGGAUGGUUCUUCAAGAAGAAACCGUCCGUCCAGUGUUUUGGAUGACUGUGCACCAGGUUCCCACGACGUCGGCGAUCCAUCCACUACGAACUUGUACCUUGGAAACAUCAAUCCCCAGAUGAAUGAGGAGAUGCUGUGUCAAGAGUUUGGUCGCUAUGGCCCACUGGCCAGUGUGAAAAUCAUGUGGCCGAGGACAGAUGAGGAAAGGGCUCGGGAGAGAAACUGUGGCUUUGUGGCUUUCAUGAACAGGAGGGAUGCUGAGCGAGCACUCAAGAACUUAAAUGGAAAGAUGAUCAUGAACUUUGAGAUGAAAUUAGGAUGGGGCAAAGGUGUGCCCAUUCCACCUCAUCCAAUCUACAUCCCUCCUUCCAUGAUGGAGCAUACACUCCCACCGCCUCCCUCUGGCCUACCCUUCAAUGCACAGCCCCGGGAGAGGCUAAAGAACCCCAAUGCCCCCCUGCUCCCUCCACCCAAAAACAAGGAGGAGUUUGAGAAGACUCUGUCGCAAGCCAUAGUCAAAGUGGUUAUCCCAACAGAAAGGAAUUUGCUCUCUCUCAUCCACCGAAUGAUCGAGUUUGUGGUGCGUGAAGGCCCAAUGUUUGAAGCCAUGAUCAUGAACAGAGAAAUCAACAAUCCCAUGUACAGGUUUUUAUUUGAGAACCAGAGCCCAGCACAUGUCUACUACCGAUGGAAGCUCUACUCCAUACUACAGGGUGAAGCACCGGCCAAAUGGCGAACAGAAGACUUUAGGAUGUUUAAAAAUGGCUCUCUGUGGCGUCCGCCCCCCCUUAAUCCGUACCUCCAUGGUCCUUAUGAUGAUGGGGAGGAAGAAGAGGAAGAAGAGGAGGCCAGCAAGAAAGGCUGCUUGAAAGAAGAGGAGCGGGACAAACUAGAGGAGAUGCUCCGUGGUUUGACUCCCAGGAGGGGAGACAUUGCAGAAGCUAUGCUGUUUUGUCUCAGCCACGCUGAAGCUGCUGAAGAGAUUGUUGAGUGUAUCACAGAGUCUCUCUCCAUCCUAAAGACCCCUCUACCCAAGAAGAUUGCAAGGUUAUAUCUAGUGUCUGAUGUGCUGUACAACUCUUCUGCCAAAGUAGCCAAUGCAUCCUACUACAGAAAAUAUUUUGAGACAAAGCUCUGUCAGAUUUUCUCAGACCUCAACGCAACAUACAAAACGAUACAAGGCCACCUUCAGAGUGAGAACUUCAAGCAACGGGUCAUGUCGUGUUUCCGGGCGUGGGAGGACUGGGCUGUGUACCCCGACCCCUUCCUCAUCAAGCUGCAGAACAUCUUCCUGGGUCUGGUUAAUCUAUCUGCAGAGAAGGAGCCUCCAACCCUCGUUGUGGAGGUAAAUGAGGCUGAGGUAGCAGAGGACAUUGAUGGGGCUCCAAUUGGAGAGUACGUAGAUGGCACUCCGCUGGAGGAUGUGGAUGGGGUGCCCAUCGACGCAGGGCCCAUUGACGGGGCACCAAUCGACGGAGCCCCUCUGGAUGACCUAGAUGGCGUCCCUAUCAAGCCCAUGGAAGAGGACAUAGAUGGAAUACCUUUCGAUGCAUCCAAGGAGACAGCCUUCAAGGUAGCACCCUCGAAAUGGGAAGCAGUGGACGAGGCAGAGUUAGAGGCUCAAGCUGUGACAACUUCGAAAUGGGAGAUGUUUGAACAACCAGAAGAAGCCAAAAAGGAUGAGGAAGACAGUGAUGAUGAUGACAGGAGCCCUCGAUCAGAAGAUAAUCAGAGUUACUCCAACCCCAUCAGAGAUGACUCUGAUAUUAAGGCAAAGAUGUCUGAAAUGAAUGAGGAGAAGCGCACCAAGCUCAGAGAGAUAGAGGUCAAAGUCAUGAAGUUCCAGGACGAGCUCGAGUCCGGGAAAAGACCUAAGAAGCCUGGCCAGAGUAUUCAGGAGCAGGUGGAGCACUACAGGGAUAAACUACUACAAAAGGAAAAAGAGAAGGAGAAACUUGAACGGGAGAAGGAGAGGGAGAAGAAAGAGAAGGAGAAAGCUGAGGCACGGUUGAAAGAGUUGAAGAAGGAGAAAGAGAAGGAGGACACGCCAACCAGGAAGGAGAGAUAUUUGUCCCCUACGGUUGAUAGGAAGCGGCGUCACAGCGGGUCACCCAGUCCCACACGGAGCAGCAGCAGAAGAGGCCGAUCAUCCUCACCCCGUUCAGAGCGCUCAGAAAGAUCAGAACGCUCCGACCGAUCAUACUCUAAAGAUACAUCCUCACGCUCUUCACAUAAAGACUCUCCUCGAUCCAGCAACAAAAAGUCAUCAAAGAGAUCUCCCUCAUCACCUCGCACACCGAAACGAUCCAGGAGGUCGCGUUCCAGGACACCUAAGAAAUCAGCAAAGAAGUCCCGCUCCAAAUCAAGGUCUCCGCACCGAUCUCACAAAAAGUCAAAGAAGAGCAAACACUGACGUAUUUUCCUUCGACCUCCAGACCAGCCUAUUCCCAUCCCUUCCCCUCAUUCCCUUCUCUGCGUCAUAUUGUAUAAAAGAUUUGACAGACUGAUUUGGCAGCUGAAGAUGUCUGCCCAAAUGUUAACGUAAGGACAAUGAAGAGCGGAGGGUGUUGCAUGGGUCAUGCCAUCUGGUGUAUCAAGUAGAUGGGGCCACUGCUGUUUUAUAUUGUAAAAAAUAAAAAUAAAAAAAUACUGUGCUUGUGCGUCCUGAUCCCCAUCACCUCCAAAUGGAAUUCAUCCAUGUGGUAGACCACACCCGUGAAGAGUGUGAAACAAUAGUCUUAUAUUCAUGCUGUCAUUUUCUGUUUUUGUAGAUCACAUUAAAAAGAAUUCCUAAUAAA